GACGUCUACGCCCUCCCCGUCACUGGUUUCGCCUGCGGCUCCGUGUUGCUCUCCUACUUCAUGCUGGACGGGAUCUUCCUUGACUCGUCCUUCCUCCACACUUUCUUCCACCUUGCCCUCUCCGCCAUCGUGGCGCUGCGCUCCUCCGGGGCAAGGGUGGACAAGCUUGCGGUGCCACAGUUCGCUUUCAGACAGCACGACCAG